AAUAAGGAUGGAUUCACUCUUAAUUGUGUUGUGGUUUCACAGGUACUUCGUGAUGGAUAAAACCACUCCAGAACCCAACAUGGAUUCAUCUGUGGCAAAUAGCAGUAAGUCGCAGUUUGUGCCCUUUGAAUCCUGCCAGCCAUCUCUCCUUCCAUUCUUAUUGCUCAUCAUAGCGUAUGCUGUGGUCAUGCUGGUCGGACUUCUGGGCAACCUUUGCCUAAUUGUCAUCAUCAAGAAACAAAAACAAAGUCAAAAUGUGACUAACGUUUUGAUUGCCAACCUCUCCAUAUCUGACAUUGUCAUUUGCGUCAUGUGCAUUCCUUUUACUGUUGCAUAUACUUGGAUGGAUUACUGGGUUUUUGGGGAGGCUAUGUGUAAAAUAACUGCUUUUGCGCAAAGUAUGUCGGUCUCCGUUUCUACAUUUUCCCUUGUGUUAAUUGCAGUCGAGAGGCAUCAGUUAAUUGUGAAUCCCCGUGGUUGGAAGCCCAACGUUUCACAUGCAUUCUGGGGAAUUGUCUUCAUUUGGGCAUUUUCUCUAAUAAUAUCCACUCCCUUCUUGAUAUUCUAUCAAGUCUCCGACAACCCCCUAAAAAAUCUCUCUUCCCACGGCGAGAGCUACGUCAGCAAAAUGGUCUGCAUUGAGGUGUGGCCGUCCAUUGAAGGGCAGCUGGGCUUCACCACCACCAUGUUAGUUUUCCAGUACUUCCUUCCACUAGGGUUCAUUUUCAUUUGCUACCUGAAAAUAUUUGUGUGCCUGCAGAGGCGGUACAGUAAAGUGGAUAAGGUAAGGGAGAAUGGGAGCAGGCUAAAUGAAUACAGAAGGAUUAAUGUUAUCUUAGUUUCAAUUGUUGUGACCUUUGGCGCCUGCUGGUUACCUCUGCACAUAUUUAACAUAGUGUUUGACUGGAAUUAUGAAACCUUGAUGCAUUGCCACCACAACGUGGUCUUUACCUUGUGCCAUUUGAUAGCCAUGGUCUCCACAUGUGUCAAUCCCGUCUUUUAUGGAUUCCUCAACAAGAAUUUUCAGAAAGAUGCGGUUGUUAUCCUUCACCACCUCAGAUGCUUUGAAUCUCAAAAGUUAUACGAGAACAUUGCCCUUUCAACUCUGAACACUGAUAUGUCCAAGGGGUCCCUGAAACUCAGCAGCAUGCCUGAAAACCUCUGAAGCAGGCAACUUUCCAAUCAUUUCCAUAUCUUUCCAUUGAUCUAUGUAUUGUGUUGCUGAAUUCCUCUUGCGGGCAAGUGUGGUUUUGGGUUGAUGAAAUCAAAGGCCUAGUACUGUUGUGCUAAAAGCAGACACCGCCUAAAAGAUCUUCCAAAUGAAUAAAGCAAAAAUUAAUUAUUAACCAUAGCAGUUUUAACUCCAUUGCAAGAGUAUCUUUUGUUCAAGUGCUGUGUGAAAAUUAGUAUUUGGAAAAAGAUGCACCAUGUUGCUGGGAAAUGAUGCAGCAUUCCUUGUCUCUUGGACAGCCUCAAAUAUUUCUUCCAAUGAACUAAUAGUUUGAGGGGUCCUUGGUGCUCUCUGAGCUUGGUUCUUUUCUUGCAGAUGGUUCAUUACCCAAACUAUGUAACAUCAUCAGGGCUAAGACUUACUUUAAUGCCUUUACAGUCAUUAUAAAGAUGAGAGGUUCACAUUCAAACAUUCUCAAAAAGUAUGUUUUAUUAGACAUUCUUAGGUUAUGACUGAGAUCAGGCUUUUGUUUUCAGUCAUACUAGUUUCCAGAUUUUGGUGUUUAUUUUAGAUGACAAGAUUUAGAAAACAAUUGGCUUGGAAUGGAUGUCAGGCAGGUGCUGAAAGAGGAAGCAGCAGCACAUACUGGUGCCAUAAAUACCACCGUAGUAUAUAUUGUGUGCACCACAUCCCAGACUUGAAACUUAGUUUAACAAUUGCACGCUGUUGUCUUGGAGUUAACUGCUGAAGAUAAAUGUACCAUUAUAUCUAUACAUACACGGAUCUUUUUACAGGAACCUGUUUUGUAACUAGUAUUCUGGUUUUUAUACUAUGGGUGUUUCUCACCUUCACUUCUGCUAUGACAUUUUUCUUUAUGGGACCAAACUUUAAUUUUCUAACUUUCUCUCCUAGUCUGGCGAGACUUUCAGUUAAAACAAAUGAAUUCAGGUAUCUUCCAAGUUUGUUAGUUGACACAGCAGUGCCGAGAUUUUGCCUCUAAGUUAGCUUUCCUAACUUAACUGUUGAUAAAGGAUUGAAUUUUAACCCAGAAGAGCAAAUCUGUUUCCACCCUGCAUUUUGCCAGUUAAAAUAUUCUCAUAUUUUAGGAAAAUGUUUUUCAGCACAUGUUCAUAGGUCUGACAUGACUUGAAAUGUAGGAAAUUCAUACUGAGAACAUUUAUACUGUAGCAUGCUUUAAAAACUGCUGCUUCCAACCUGAUGAUGUCUCAGUGUGUGAAUUAGAAUUCUUAGCCAGCACAAUUCAAGGCCGCUAGGAAUUCUGGGAACAUAUUUGGAGGGUAUGAUUCAGGUGAAAGCCAGUUGGUCUCGUGAUUAAGGCGCCAGGUUAGAAACCAGGAGCCCGUGACUUCUAAUCCCAUGUGAGGCUCAAAGCCAGUUGAGUGAUAUUGGACCAGUCACUGUCUCUCAGCCCUAGGAAGCCAGCAAGGGCAAACCACUUCUGAAAUCUUGCCAAGAAAAUUGCAGGGAGUUGUCCAGGUAGCCCCCAGGAGUCAAAGCUGACUCGAAGGGACAUACACACAAACCCAGAGAUACGAAUUGAACAGUCUGUUUUAGAAUUAUACAUCUGUUCAAGGCCAAACUACAUAGAGAGAUGCAUCCCUCAGUAGGAACUUUCUCUCUCUCCCUCUCUCUCUCUCUCCCUCCCUCCCUCCUCUCUUCUUUUUUUAGAUUAAACAUUGUAGAGGAGAGAAUUGGAUUGGGGUAGCAGCUCUUCGUGGUAAGAAAAGUUCCACUGGCAGCUGCAAAGGGGAUGAUUCGUAGUAGGGGAUAAGUCCAAGGCCACCCCCACCCUCCCUUUCCAUAUGUGCAAACUGGCUGGGAUGAUUUACACUGACUAAUGAUUAAAAAAACCCACUCAGUUACGUUAGGGCAUGUUAUCCUUCAGGAUUGAAGUCUGGGAACAUCAGUGUUAUUCUGAGCUUUAUUUUGUAAUAAACUUUUUUUAAAAAAUUCUGUAAUAUUUCAAUAUAUUCAUUGACCUGUACUGUUGAUUUUCUGCUAAUAUGAUUAGCAAGAUUUUGUUUUGUUUGUUCAUGUGUUUUAGACUUUACAGAGUUUAUUGCACAAAUGCUUGUUAUUUACAGUACAUUAAAAUAAGGUUAUUUUCAAAUGACAUAUCUUUUUACUUCUUCCCCUUGAAAUUAGGAAUGGGGAAAAUUCAUGAGGAAUGAUACAGAAUGUUACAUUUUGAUCCAGGGGGGAAAAAUUGCAGAACGAAUAAUAUAUGCAUUGGAUAUCCAAGUGGGAUCAGUAUUGAUAUGAAAAUCAGCCCUCUGUCUCAUUCAACCUUAUGUUAUUUAUUAAGAAAACAAGGAGGCAUCUUUCACUAUAAUGAAGCAGCAACCAUUUUUGUGGCAAUGAAUAUUAGCAUGGAAAGUUCCCAUUCUUUUUAUUUAUAGUCAUACAGCAGCAUGA